GCCAGAAGGGAAACAUGGGACGGCUGCUGCUCUCUGGGAGCUCAUUAAUGAUAUUAAUGACUAAUCACCCACUUGCCCCUGUUUGCAUCCCUUCUGUAAUUGAUAAAUCAAUUCAGUUCAGCAGCGCUGGAGCCAAGCCCGUGGCUCCUGUUGGGUCCCAGGCCAACUGUGUCCCUGCAAAACUCCCUCCCCUGAUGGCAACAGGCAGCAGAAGCCCCCCCCUUGCCCCACUCCCCUCUUCCCAGCCAUAACUUAUCCUCUACUUUUGCAGCCAUCUCUCUCCCUUGAAAGAGAAAUAUUUUUCCAGGCGCUGCCUCCAUCCAUUAUCAUAAAGUGGCUUCACUUGGCCUGGAGUUAAUAAUUCACCUUUCCUUGGAAGAUGGAUGCUCCCAUCCCGCUGGAGUUUAAAUAUUCAUGGGGAAGGGAAGGCAGCAACCGCUGUGCUGUGCGGGAGGUCUGGCAGCCACAUCACAGCCUCUGCCACCAGCAAGCACCCCGGUCCCCAGCACCCUGGCACCCCGGCACCCUGGUCCCUGGCACCCCGGCACCCCGGGAACCUCAGCACAUCUGCAGGAUCCCUCUGAGCACCGUCUGCUGCCAAGGCUUCGUGGUGGACCCCAGCAGCAGCCCGGUGUGGUUUGGUGGGCCGGGGCAGGAUCCGGCCCCCGUGGCAGUCAGCUAUCUCGGGGUGGAGCAGAGGCACACGCGGAGCAGCACGUAGGGAUGCUGCAGCCUCUCGGAGGAGGAGACCCACGGGAGGAACUUUGCUGGUUGUAAUUUUGGACACCUUCAGCAGGGGUGGAUGGGGCCGUACCUAAGCCUUGGGGUCCCCUUCUCCCAAGCCAGGCAGGUUGGGGACACACAGAGCCCUCUGCCCACCGGUGGGUCUCUCUCAGAGCUCGGGCUGGCAGGGCCCACGCCAUGACUCAGCUGCACGGGGGUCCUGCACCCCUUCUCUCACCGCAGCCUGUGCCAACUCCUGCCCACACUGGUGGGGAAAAAUGGUCCCGAUGGGUUGUGCCGCCCGAAUUUCAUGGUUUAUAAGUGCCUUGGGGGACUGUCCAUCCCUGUGGGGCUGCUCUGGGUGUGGCUGCAGUGCCGUGGCCAGUAGCACUGCCCAGCGUGGCUGGCCUUGACACAUCCCCUGCCUCCCCCCUGCAGCUGAUCCCACCCAGCAGAGCCGGGGCCGGCGAGCGCGUGAGCGGCUGACCAUGUUCAACGGGGAUGCCAGCUCCUCGGCGGCCAGGAAUGUCGUCCGUAGCUCCAGCAUCAGCGGUGAGAUGUACAACAUUGAGAAGAGUGCGCGGGGCAGCGCCGACUCUGUCACCAUCACUGCCAGCAAGAAGAGGCGCUCCAGCCUGGGUGCGAAGAUGGUGGCCAUCGUGGGAUUGUCCCAGUGGAGCAAGAGCACGCUGCAGCUCAACCAGACCGAGGGGGGCCCCAAAAAGCUGCGCAGCAACAUCCGGAGGAGCACGGAGACCGGCAUUGCGGUGGAGAUGAGGACCAGGGUCACCCGGCAAGGCAGCCGGGAGUCCACCGAUGGCAGCACCAACAGCAACAGCUCUGACGGCACGUUCAUCUUCCCCACGACCCGGCUGGGUGCCGAGAGCCAAUUCAGCGACUUUCUCGACGGGCUGGGGCCAGGCCAGCUGGUGGGGCGGCAGACACUGGCCACCCCACCGAUGGGUGAUGUCCAUGUCGGCAUGGCUGACCGGAACGGGCAGCUGGAGGUGGAGGUGAUCCAGGCGAGGGGACUUAUUCCAAAGAUGGGCUCCAAGUCCAUCCCUGCCACCUAUGUGAAAGUUUACCUGUUGGAAAACGGCAUCUGCCUGGCCAAGAAGAAGACCAAGGUGGUGAAGAAAACCUGCGACCCGUCGUACCAGCAGCCUCUGCUCUUUGAGGAGAGCCCCCAGGGCAAAGUCCUGCAGGUGAUUGUCUGGGGAGAUUACGGGCGCAUGGACCAUAAGUGCUUCAUGGGGAUGGCCCAGAUCAUCCUGGAGGAGCUCGAUCUCUCCAGCGCAGUCACGGGCUGGUACAAACUCUUCCCCACCUCCUCGCUGGCCGACUCCAGCAUCGGACCUCUAACGCGCCGCCUCUCCCAGUCCUCCCUGGAGAGCUCCACCAGUCCCUCCUGCCCGUAG